AUGUGUCCUCAGAGCCUACUUUACAAAUAAACACACACACACACAAAUGCAAUGUCUUUGUAUGCACUCCACUCGUCACCACUGCACACCUGCAGGUAGGUAAAGGUAAACCCCCAGGGGUGGGACGUGGGCACCACAUGUGACUUAUUGGUCAGUUGUAUGUGUGGAUCAGACGGUGCACAGCAGAGCAGCGGUUAUGGCUCAGGUAAAAGCAGACUGUGAAGAGGUUUACUCUGACAUGGCAACCGUCAGUUCCAGUGCAGAUAUAGGAGUGCCGGUGAGGAAGGGGUCAUUAUGUGAGACCUCCAUGGUUGCUGGUCUCAGCCGGCGCAGCAGGGUUUACCCCUCCCCAGCGAGGAGACGCCACCGCACCACCUUCAGCCACAAGCAGCUGGAACAGCUGGAAGUGGCCUUUGGACAAAACCAGUAUCCUGACAUCUUCUACAGAGAGGAGUUGGCUCGCAUCACCAAACUCAACGAGGCUCGCAUACAGGUGUGGUUUCAGAACAGAAGAGCCAAGCAGCGUAAGCAGGAGCGAGCCUCUCAGAAGAUCCUCUCAGUGGGUGUGAUGUCAGGCCACAGGUCUCUGCUGGGAGGCAUGCAUGUCCAGUCCUCCAGCAUGGCUCGACAGUACUACACGCAGCCCCUCGCUCACAUCCCCCGCCUUUCCCCCAUGUUGUCCUCAGGGACAUACUCCCCACACCCGGGUCCGGUCAGCCAGUGCCCGUGCCCCAGCGUCCCAACUCAGCCGGCCUCUCAACGCCAGCACGAUGACUGGUACAGCCCUCUGAUGGGCAACCUCCCCUCCACCAUGUUUUCACUGGCCUCCAUGCAGCCUCUGGACCCAACCUCUCACUGGAGCUAAGAUGUAACCACGUGAAUGUGUAUUUUUUAUUUUUUAUUUUACAAUAAAACCCAUUUAAAUGA